AUGCCAUCGAAAGGACAGAGAACGUUCAUCAUCGGCUGUGGUUGCACGGCAUUCAUCAAGCCCCGCGGCCAACGGACCACAGAGGAGGCAAGCAUGAUGGGACUGGAGGCGGCGACGAAGGCUCUUCUUGAUGCAGGGAUCACCUAUGACGCCGUCCAGGCUGCAUAUGUUGGCUACUGUUACGGCGAUUCAACUUCUGGCCAGCGAGCGCUGUACCAGCUCGGGAUGACCGGCAUCCCGAUCACCAACGUGAACAACAACUGCUCGACCGGCAGCACCGCGCUCUACAACGCGAACAUGCUGGUCAAGGCCGGCGUGUACGACUGCACGCUCGCGCUCGGCUUCGAGCGCAUGUCGCGCGGCAGCCUCGGCACCAACUUCCCCGACCGCGAGUCGCCGACGAAGCCGUUCGGCACCGCGUCCUUCGAGCUCGAGAGCUCUCUUGGGGCGGGGGAGAACCACGGGCCGGGUGCGCCGCGCAUGUUCGCGAACGGCGGGCAGGAGUACUUUGACAAGUACGGGGCGAACAUUGGGCAUCUUGCGCAGAUUGCGAGCAAGAACCACAAGCACUCAGUCAACAACCCGUACUCCCAGUUCCGCGACGGGUGGUCGGUCGAACAGGUGCUUGCUGCGCCGAAGAUCACCAAGCAGCUUACUAAGUUCAUGUGUAGCCCAACCUCUGAUGGCGGCGCGUGCUGCAUUAUUGCAUCUGAAGAUUUCGUUCACAAACAUCGCCUCGAGAACCAGGCUAUCGAGAUUGUCUCAACUGCAUUGUGGACGGACGAUCCCUCGACGUUUGAGAACAGGAGCGCCAUGGACGUGAUCGGUUAUACGAUGGCUAAGAACUGCGCGGACGACGUCUUCGCGCAAGCUGGAUUUAAACAGGGCGAAGGUCGCGACCAGGUCGGCGUCGUGGAGCUGCACGACUGUUUCGCUGCGAACGAGCUCAUCACAUACGAUGCUCUUGGUCUCUGUGAGCCAGGCACGGCUCACACAAUGGUUGAGAGAGGAGACAAUACGUACGGAGGCAAAUACGUGAUCAAUCCAAGCGGUGGGCUCGAAGCGAAGGGCCACCCCUUGGGUGCGACUGGUCUGGGCAUGCACUUUUACCUCACCAUGCAACUCCGACAAUGGGCGGGCCCGAUGCAAGCCCCAGGCCUGCUUGACGGCCCUGACAAGCGCGGCAAGUUCGGGCUCGUGCACAACGUUGGCCUUGGAGGGGCCAUCGUCUGCAGCCUGCUGCGCCGACCGGAGUUCUUCAAGGAGGGUGGUGAGGACGGGCGGAUGAGGCUCGGGUACAAUCACGCGCACGAGUGUCGAUCUAUCACCCGGGCGGACGUGGACAAGGUCAAAUCGAAGAAGAGCUCGCCGUACAUCAUGCAGCUCGCGAGGCUGUAG